AUGUCCAAGGUUCCGUUCCUCGUUUCUGGAGCCAGCUCUGGCCUGGGUGGUGCAGUGCUGGCCACCCUAUUCAAACACGUUCCAGAUCCAGCACACCUUGCAGCCGCGUCAUCCCGCCCCGAGGCCGCCGAGGGUCUGCAGCGCGAAUACCCCGGCACUCAAUUUCGGGUGCUGGACUAUAACGAUGCGGAGCAGAUGGUGCCGGCACUGACGGGCGUGGAAAAGUUCUUUUUUGUGUCAAGCCCGGAAAUCGAUACCCUCAAACGGGAGAGACAACAUGAGAAUGCGGUGGCAGCGGCGAAGCGGGCGGGCGUGGGCCAUGUGUACUAUGCCAGCCUCGCAUUUGGGGGUUAUGGAUCGGACAGCAAGGUUGGCGUGCAACAGGCGCACCUGACGACGGAGCGUUUGCUGGCAGAGUCCGGGCUGGCAUACACGGCAGUGCGCAUGGGCCUGUAUACCGAAGCGUUCCCCCUGUUCACGUCGUGGUAUCCGGACUCGACGACAAUAUACGUGUCCAGCGACGGGCCCAUGGUGCUGACGUCUCGCGAGGAGCUCGGCGAAGCCACAGCGCAGCUCAUGCUCCGCGACGUCCGCUGCUUCCCGCACAACAUCGCGCUGCUCACGGCGGCGCGGGCGUACACGCUCCGCGACGUGGUGCGGGCCGCAGCGGCAGCCAGCGGGCAGGCGGUCACGGUGCAAACGGUGGCGCGGGGCGAUCUGCCAGCGCUCCUGACGGCGGCGGACGCACGAGCCGGACGCGGGCGCAAGUCGAGGCAGUUUUUCGACGCGUGGGCCGGGGUGCUGGAUGCGCUUGCGGCGGGCGAGGCGGCGACGGUGGACGGGCUGAUGGCGGAGCUGCUGGGUCGCGCGCCCCGCGAUGGGCUGCAGCACGUUGGGCAGCUGGUGAGCGAGGGCGCGGCGGCCGGGGGCUACCGCUGGCACCAGAGCUACAUGCGGCGCUGA